UUAAUCAUUCAUAGUUUCAUAUUUUUAAAUGUCAACAUAUAGGAGAAUCGUGUCACUUAAGAGACAAAAAAAGAAAGAAUACUAACCAGUGAGGCAGAACAGACUCAAGCUAAAUGUUAUUAAAUGUUAACCCCACUAUAUAAGUGUGGAAAGUGUAAAAAAUGUACCAGCGACAAAAUUCACGUAAUAAUUCUGGAUUUCAAAAUAAAUUUUGGCCAGGAGAUCCUCCACCAGACUAUGGACAUCAAAUGGAUAGACAUAACAAAGAGGAUGAGAAAAGCAGAGAAUCUUUGGAUUCAACAGGGAAAACAAAGUCUUUCAGACGUCUCCUUGAACGAUUUGCAGAGAAGACUUCUAUGCAGGGCGUAGCCUACAUAAACAGUGCUAAAGUAUGGUACGCCAAGGUCAUAUGGACAUUUCUUCUCGUCACUUGUACAGCAGGGAUGGGUUUACACUUGUACUAUCUUAUUAAUCAAUUCAUGCAGUUCCCUGUACAAACAAAAAUUGAAUUGGGAUUUAGUAAUCUUAUAUUUCCUGCGGUGACAAUUUGUAACGUGAAUCCAAUUCGUAUGAGUAAACUAGGUAUGGCUUCCCAACAAAUCCAGUCACUUGUCCAGCAAUUAGAAUGGUCUAAUUUACAGAGCGACGAAACCACGACACAGGGUGCCAGACGGCGAAAACGGUUUGUUGACGAGCUUUCAAAAAUAAAUAAGAGUGCGUUUUCUGAUUAUGAUGAAAUGUUUGACAACUAUGAUGAUAAUGAUUAUGAGUUUGGCGACCAAAAAGACGAAAGACUUGAGAUUUUAUCAUUGUUUAGAGAGUUAUAUAAAGACGAAGAUAGGGACAACAAAGUAGAAAUGGGACACCAAAUAGAAGAAAUGAUGAUAUCGUGUACUGUUGGAAAAUAUAAAUGUUAUGCAAGCAAUUUCACGGUACUACAACACGAUAUAUAUGGUAAUUGUUACACGCUGAAAACUGGAAGUUUAAAGAUUACUAAAGCAGGACCAUCAAAUGGACUCUCAUUAAUUCUAUAUAUGGACAAAGAAGAAUACCUCAAACAAAUCAGUGAAGGAUACGGGGCGCGAAUACAGGUCCAUGACCGUGACACCUACCCAUAUCCAGGAGAGGAAGGUUUUUUUGUACCAUCAGCAAGUGAAACACAGAUAGGUUUACGCAUGGUUACAAUCGAACGACAGGACAAACCAUACGGAAAUUGUACUGAUGAUAUAUAUUUACGCAAGUAUGGAUACAAGUAUACAAGAUCUUUUUGUCAGACCUUAUGCUCCCAGGAAUUGUUCUUCAAAACAUGUGGUUGUUAUGAAGAUGAUGUGACGGAACUGUAUUACCAGAUUAACACCGGAGCAAACGAAAAAUUUUGUGAAACAAGACAAGAAAUCAAAUGCAUGAGUAGAGAACGAGCGAGGCAAAACAAACAAAAAGCAGAAUGUGACUGCAAAAACCCUUGUAGGGAACAUCAAUUUUUGAAAACCAUUAGCUACCGAAACUGGCCCACUGAAGAUUAUAUGUUUACUUUAAAAGAUGGUGUAUGUGAUAGAAUUCCAGACCAAUGCCAAGAUGCUUCAGAUUUAUAUGGGCAAACUGAACUCUACGGGAAAAGGUUUUGGCAGUUAAACCAGAAAAAGACAAGAUAAUACAGCGAUUCAUAUUGCCUUACAAACACAUUGAUGAGGUAUCAAUUAGAUGGCAGAAAAACAGAGGCAAUUAAGAUUUCAUUCCAAAUCUAUACCUAUGAAACAUCUUCUGAAAGUGUUACUGCAUCUGGAAAAUUUAAGAUAAUGACACUAUUCAUGUUUUAUCAAAACCAAUUGCUUUUUUUUAAAACAAGAGAAAAGAUAAACUAAUUAUAAUAUUUGUUUCUUCUAUGUAAAUCAGAUGUAAUUGUCUCAUAUUUCAGGGUUAACGCCCAUUAGAUAUUAAAAGCCUACAUCUAGUACUUGUUAAUUCCGUCCAGACUCCUGACAACUAACAUGCAGAUAUUGCGUGUGUUUAGAUAUGGUCUGAUCUAUUUAUGUGAAGUGGUAUAAAUGUAAAGUAACAAUACCAAACAUUAAGAAAAAAGUGGUCCAUGUCUGCAGAGCGAACACACAAUAGUAGUUGUAAGGAUAAUUCUCAGGAGUUUAUAUGUAUUAUGUCAGUUGAUGUGAUACUUACACAUCGAAUUUUUAAAAGCUUUAUUAUAUUUCAAAUUAGCAAAUUCUGCUUGUAGAAAGAGUAAACCAAUGUAAUGGUAACACGUACAAUAAACACAAGCUUUAUUUUAGCAUUCAUGCCUUUUUAGAGGGUCAGUGGAAGACAAUAUGAACAGAUUUAACCAUUAUAAAAAUGUGAAUGAAAUGUCUUUUGAAUAUCUUUUCUUAGUUUUUGAAACUAAAACCGGGAGUAAAGUAUGUGUGUUAUUAUAUAGCAUUUAAUUAUUACUUUUUACUUUAGUUUGAACUAUGUUAAAAUCAACAUUUAUUACGAAGAUCUGAAUUUUGAGAGGAUAGUAGAAUCUCCGGAAAUUGA